AUGCAACUCAUCACUGCCUUCGUUGCCUCCGUGUUGGCCACCUCCGCAAAUGCCGUGACUUACUCAGGCAUGGUGUACUUUGCCGACGCAGGCGACUGCCCGUCCGCGACGGCCAGCACCCCAGUCUUGAACUUUGAUUAUUCAUACGACAACCUUUGUUUAUCCGUCGCUGAUAACUCGGACUGGGACAGCGAUGAUUAUGGCGCUAUCAUGCAAGCCAGCGUCACCGGAGCAAACAACAUCGGCCCGAAGAAGUUCGGUGGAUGUCCCACGAGCGAGUGUGACAAGGAUUGCACGACUGUCGACAUCGAGGGCGAUAAUGGUAACUCUCUUACGGCGGAGUGCGUGCAGGUUAAGGGCGCACCGUAUGUCUAUAUCGGAAACUAA